GUAAAAAGCCCAACAACAGUGAAGUCCGGUUUCUUGACGAAAAAGGAAGGAACCUUAUUGAGAAUCUCUGCGAUCUCUUUUCUUCUCGAUGGCACCAGGAACAAUUCCAUCAUCAUCAUCAUCUUGGAAACCAGCUAGGGUUCGGUUUAAUACUAAAAAACGAGUCCACGUUAAUGGAAUUGCAACAUCUCGGAAAGUAGCUAGGGUUGAAGGAAGAGGAAGACCUUCUCUCAAAUCGAAUUCAAACUCUGAGGAAGAGAACGCUUCAUUUGAGGUUGAUGAAGGAACAGGAGUGCCCUCUUCAAAAUCCAGUUUACCUGCCACCAAACCUCAACAACCUCCUCCUCCUCCCAUCGAUUCACCACUCCCUUCUGAUGUGUCCUUGUGUCAUGGAUCUAAAAGAAAGAAGAGGAAGACAUCUACACGCACCAACGCGUCCUCCUCCGCUGAUACCAAUCGCCAGUUUCCACCAAAAAGAAGACUUCGAAAAGCUAGGGUUGGGGGGAAAUCCUCUGAUAACCCUAAAAACGAAAAUCUUGAUAAUCAGAAUUUGAAGCCCUCCCCGAUGGCACUUCGAGUCCGUAGCAAGGGUGCUAGGAAAUCUAGGGUUAGAAAUAGAAUGCCCUCUCCGAAAUCCAUUUCACUUAGCAAAAGCAAACUUCCAUGUGACAACAUCUCAAUCUCUGACCAGAAUAUUUUAGCUGGGGGUCAAGGGAGUAAUUGGGAACUUUCAAGCUUUGAGAGAGGAAAAUCCAUUUCAGAUAGCUGCAAACCUCAACCUUUGAAGUUUUCCGACCAGCAGAACGUUAUAGCUGGUGGUCAACGGAGUAGUGAGAGAGGGGGAAAAUCCAUUUCAGGUAGCAGCAAACCUCAACCUUUAGAGAACAUUUGUAUUGAUGAAGCCUCUCCCAAAUCCGGUUCACCUGUCACUGAACCUCAACAACCUCUCAAUGAUGAGGAGGAGGACUUGAGUUACAUGAACUCUCAUCUCACUUUUGAACAAAUGGUGGAAAACAUGAAAAAAGUAAAUGAACUCGCGUUGGAUGAAUCCGAAUCCGAAUCCGAACACAAUGGUAUGCAGUGCAAUUGUGACUUCAACAACUGCACAUGUCUUAAAUCUUAUUAUGAAUAUCUUGCACUUGACUAUGCUGAGUUGGAUUUUAGUCUACGCUAGAUACAUCCUUGUGUGUAUUAUUUUCCUACAAUAGUUCACUUGUCAAUCCGAAGAUGACGAAGACAAUGGUAUGCAGUGCAAUUGUGACUUCAACAACUGCACAUGUCUUCAAUCUUAUUGCGAAUAUCUUGAACAUGACUAUGAUGAUGAGGAUUUUGCAUUUCAAGUCUAGAGACUAGACACAUCCUUGUGUGUAUUAUUUUCCUACAAUCGUUCACUUGUCAUCUUAGAUUUCUUUAUUCUGUCGUUUUUAUUUUAUUUUGUAUGUUCACUUGUUAUGUAUAACUCCAACUCUGUUUAAUUAAUUAGAAUUAUUAUUCUCCUUCUUUAAUUACUAGUA